AUGACUACUCUCAAGCCUGGCGACUCUUUCCCCUCCGAUGUGGUGUUCCAAUACAUCCCUUACUCGGAAGAGAGCGGAAAGAUCACCUCUUGUGGUAUACCUAUCAACUACAAUGCCUCCAAGGAAUGGGCCGAUAAGAAAGUAGUGCUGUUCUCGGUGCCAGGUGCAUUCACCCCCACUUGUUCCGUUUCGCACUUGCCCGGCUACAUCCAGAAUCUUCCCGCCCUCCGUAAGCAGGGAGUAGACGUUGUGGCAGUUCUUGCCUUCAAUGAUCCAUUUGUUAUGAGCGCCUGGGGCAAGGCCAACGACAUCCGCGGAGAUGAUAUCUUGUUCCUUACCGACCCUGAUGCCAAGUUCUCCAAAAGCAUUGGCUGGGCAGACCAAGCUUCAGGGCGCACUGGCCGUUAUGCCAUCGUAAUUGACCACGGCAAGGUCAGUUACGCCAAGAUCGAGACCCAGGGUGGUGCCCUCACGGUGUCGGGUGCCGAUGCAGUGCUUGCUUCUCUUUAA